CUAAAGGGCUGCAUUAACCAAACAUCCAGCCUUGGGGAAUAAUGCUUUUGAAAUGCCAUCAUGAUGCAAACAAAGCCUUAUCUUGAAUAUGUGGAACUUUUUGAAUUAUGAGUAUUUUACAAGUUUGACUAUGCCAAUGCCCAGUAAAUGGAAGUGGAGAGCUUAUAGCAGAUAAGAUCAGUGUUCUGAAGAUAUGGCAAGAAGUCCAAGAAACCGUAAGCUGGCAGCUCAGCAUCUUAGGUCAGCCUCCCAUGCUGUACCUUGCGACUACAAGAAAACAAAAAAGUUAGACAAGGAAAAUGAAUUACAAUCAACCUCAGAGGAAAAGGACUGGAAAAAUGCCACCUGCUCAAUAUGCUUGGAGCGUCCACAUGAUGCUGUCCUGCUCCUUUGUUCUUCUCAUAGCAAAGGUUGCCGGCCAUACAUGUGCGGUACCAACUAUAAACAUUCCAACUGCCUUGAGCUGUUCAAAAAUGCUUAUUCGAGGGAGAAACCAGCAUGCAAAGUCUCAACCGUGGUGGCACCAACUAACCAGAAGCCAGAGACAAUGCUGCUUGCAUGCCCCAUCUGCCGCGGGGAAGUUAAAGGGUGGACAGUAGUCAAACCUGCGAGGCGGUUUCUGAACCGCAAAAGGAGAACUUGUAUGCAUGAGGAUUGCUCAUUUGUCGGGACAUAUAAGAGACUCAAAAGGCAUGUGAGGUCCAAGCAUCGCUCAUCAAAACCACGGGAAGUUGACCCUGUCCGUUUGGCUGAGUGGAAGGAGUUUGAAAAUGAAAAGGAGAGGCAAGAUGCAAUCAGCAUUGUCAGUGCCUUAAAUCCAGGGUCGAUGAUUAUGGGGGACUACAUCAUUGAUCCAGAUAGCGACAGCGAACCUUACAUCGAUGACCCUUAUUUCGAUGAUAUCUUUGACCAUGACACAUCCUUAGAUGGCAAUGGAGGAUCUUAUCAUAGAGGUUUUGUGCACAGAAAUAGAUCUCAUAGGAGAAAUGGGGAAAGAGCAAGUCGAAAUCUCCCUCGUGUCAGGGUUUCUGGCAUUCGCCGUGGUGUUUCACGAAGGCCAUCUCGAGUUGAUUCUGUCAUAAGAUCUGUGAGUCAGCCAAGUGACAGUUGAAAGAUGGGAUCAAUCUGGGUUUUAUGGUAUUGUUGCGAGGAGGUAAUGGUGAUAUGGAGUCGCUCUAUUUCGUUUUGCUGCUCUCUGAGAUGCGCCCAUAUGCGUAUUAGGACGAAGGCAGCAGUGGAUGCGUGAUGAUCAUCUGAUCGGCAUUUAUCUUUUUCCAUCAAAGCAAAGGAAUAGUUUAUUUUUUUGAGGUUAAGUCGUCAUCGUUAAGUUAGAGAUCAAAACCACCAUGUAAAUCUUAGUCUCACUUAUUUUAUUUAAAGUUAAACAGUCGCCAUAUACUGUAAGUUUUUUUUUUUUGGCGAAAUGUUCAGCGUUAUAUGUGAACUGAUGGCUGACGACCUGUGCUGUUUGCUAA